GUCGCUGACGUCACAUCUGGAAAACGAAACUGAGACUCGGAGUUUCCCAAGAAACCCACAUAGUUCAGCAGCUGUAGGAUCUUAGCGUUAUUUAAGGAAUUGGCAGCUGGAUAGAGUGACAUAUUUUCACACAGUUGUCGGUGUUUUGCGCACAAGUUCUCAUUUCAUUUCACGAGCAUUUACCUAGAUCGUAUUUCUCACUGUGGGCCUUUCAACAACGACCGAGCGUGAACUCACCACCAGCUGUAUUGACUCAAAGCUUGUCAUCACAGGUAAGAAAUGUGUUUCUUUUGGGCGGUGUCAGUGUUUUUUUCACCACAAUUUACUUGAGUUUGAGUCUUAUCACGACUGUGAAAUAGUUGACAACCAUUAAACCGGUCCAAAAACAUGCACAGGACAUAUAACACAUGUCGAACUGGUGGCUUUUUGAAUAUACUUGUUCCUUUAAUUACAUCCGCAUUAACACUAUUAAAACAUACAUUUUAAAACGAAGAAAAAUUAAUAUUUUACAUCUUUCAGAAAGAGUGCUUUUCCAGUCAUGCUACAGUGCAUAUAACUUCAAGGUCGAACUUGGAAUCUUCCUUCUUGUUUGUGACCAUAUUUAAGAAGUAGUAGAGCUGCCAACCAGGCUUCCUCUUUUUUUUUUUUUUUUUUUUUUUUUUUUUAAAUUUAGAUAUUAAUAAUGAAAAAAGAAAGUCCAAUCCCCUGAGAGUCAGUGAUAGUCCCUUAACAAAUAAAAUAAAAUUAAAUGAAACAAACUCUAAUGAGGCGUUCAGGGCUUUAGUCUAUCUGUCUGGCUUUUGGUCUCUCUGAAUUUUGAUGAUACAGAUAUAUAUUGAUAACGCUUUAUCAAAUGAAAUUGUAAACUAACCAACUGUGCCCCCUACUGGAAACCUGCACAUUCUACCAUAUAUUAAUGAGUCUGGCUCACCUAUUGUAGUGUUUUUUAAGUUAAGAGUGUUCCUUUUAUGAUCUAACAUAUGCACCAAAAGGUCUUCACAAUAUCCAAUAGCAGCAGAUAAAAUAUUAAAGAAGUUAACAGUAUCAGCAAAGGUGGGGCUCAAGGAGACAAGUAUUACAUUUAUUGCUUUUGAUGAUCAGUCUUUUGGUUGGGUGGUAUUAGUCAAAAGAUUUAAAUAAUAUCAGAAAUCAUCAAAAACCCGUCAUUAUGCACCAAUACUCCAUCUAAAUAUUACAUAGUAGUUUACCACCACCAAAGUGUGACUGUGUGAGCGAAUGAAUGAUGUAUCCAAUGUAAAGUGCUUUGAGGGUCUCUGAUAAAGCGCUAUGUGAAAUCUGAUGCAUUAUUAUUAUUAUUAUAUGUAAUCCGAGAUAAUGAAAAAUCUAAGAGAGGUCUUCUACGCCAGGUGAUCAGAAAAUCAUGUGCAGUGAAAAGGUUCAUUUGUUGAGUAUAACAGCAAACAGACACAAUGACAUAAAUGGGAUGACAUGUACUUUUGCUCCUGCAGAAAUGUCGUACUCUAAACCUCUGCUCAUCCCGUGGCUGCGGAGUCAGAUCGACAGCGAAAAGUACCCUGGUGUUCAAUGGACAAACCUAGAGCAUACAGAGUUCUCGAUUCCCUGGAAACACAAGUUGAGACAGGACUCCUCUGACACUGAUAUUCUCAUCUUUAAGGUAAUCAUUUGGCUCUGUAAAAACUAAUUAAAUGAUUUAAAAAGAAACCAUAUGUGUAUGUUUCAAAAUACCAUCUUUUGUAAAGGACUUUCUUUGCAUUAACAAUACAAAACCUUUUUAAUCAUUUGUUCGCUGUGUUCUUCUUUUGCCAUAUUCUUCCCUGCAGGCCUGGGCAGAGGUGAGUGGGAACGGACGAAUUCAGGGAGAUGCCUCAGUGUGGAAGAGGAACUUCCGAAGUGCCCUUCGAGCCAAAAAAUUCACAUUAGUUGGUGACAACAAAAACGAUGCAGCGCACCCCCAUAAAGUGUUUCGCUGGCCAGACGAGUCACCAUCAGGAGGUGAGGAUCUCCCAGGGUGACCAUAAACAAACACCAUUUGGUCUUAUUCUGUAAUUAACAACAGAUAGGUAAGAAUAGACAGUUUUUUUUUUUGUUUGUUUGUUUUUUUACCUUAGACGAAAUGUACUGAACAUAUCUAACUUAACACCAAACUGGAUGAGUGUGAUUCUCUGGCAUCUGAAAUAAAAAUGCACCAAUAAAUGCUCAACAGAUUGUUUUCUGGCUUGCAGAAACAAAAACCCCACCGAUCUCCAACUUUUUUUAUUCAUGCUGAGUUAUUCAGUGUGUUUGACAUCACAAACAAUCAAGGGGAAACUCUUUUUUUGUGCUGCGGCUUUACAAAAUUUUGGACUUUAUGCAGUAAAUAGACCGGUCAAUGCUAACGUGUGUGUUUGGUUUGGGUUUGAUUUUAUAUGACUACAUAUCUGAUCGACUCUCUACCUGACGACAAGAUUUCUGCAGUUGAGCUAUCUUGCUGUUGUAAAACAUGUCUGUUAAAACUAGUUGUGAGGAGGAUUAUCUGAUUAAAGAGAUGUUUCUGAUGAGAAUAUUAAUGAAAAGAAGAUCAGCAGCAGAUUGUAACUGAGCUUUCUUUGUCACAGCAAACUCUUCUGCUGGAUCCCAAGACCAGGAGGACCCUGAUUUAUAUGAUGAUUGUCACCCUCCUAUUCAAGAAGUAAGAGAAGUACGAAGAGUUAAUUAUCAAUUUCAGAUCAACUUUUUUCUUUUGUGUCAGGAUGAACUUAUUUAGAUGUAUGUCUCAAAUAUUUCAGAGCCAGGUUGUCCCUUGCUAUGAAGACUUUCAUCAACAGGACACUGCACUUUUUGGUUAGACAGCACACAACUCAGUGUUUAUCACAAAAUAAAUUUGAUGGCAUGAAAUUGGAUACGGUUCUCAUGCUCUCAUUUUUUUUCUGCUCAAAUAUUUGCCAUCAGAAUCCACUGUGCCCCAGGAUAUUCUCCAGGAGUGUCUACAAGGACUGAACAUUGGCCCUGAUACAGGUAGACCCAUGUUUUCUUCCUCUAUACUGCAGUAUGAGCAGAAAACAAGAACCUACUUUCUCAUCAACACUUCCUCCAACUUUUCCACGGAGGGCAUCACAGGCUUUGAGCCUCCUACCGAGCAACAGCAGCUUCAGAGCCAGGCUGUGAUUGGUGCACAAGCGUUUCCUGGGCAACAGCAGUAUCCAGUAAUAUUUGAGGAAGCAGUCACGGAAGCUGUGUUGCCAGAGCAACCAACAUGCCCAAUGGAGGGAGCCGUGGGAGGGUCAUGUGACAGGGUGGAGCAGUUCCUGCAGAUAAUGAACCAGACCACGGAUGGAAACAGUUUCAGUAAGUUGAUGGAUGGUAUUGGAAAUGUGACUGUAACAAAUAAUUAUGAGAUACAAUAAAACAGAAAAUGUGGCAUAUUUAAUAUGUCGAGUGAAGCAUGUUAGAAGUAAUCAAAGCAUGUUUUAAAAAGGUGUGUUGUAAAAAGAGCAUUUUUGCUUUCCUCAAACACUUUUCCUCUUUCUGAAUCCUCAGAGACUUACUUCAAGAUACUAGUCUACUACAGAGGAGUUAAAGUGUCGGAGCAAAUAGUUGAAAAUGAAGAUGGAUUUCGCCUUGUCUACAGGUACUAUAAAAUAUUAUGGCUUUCAUCCAAGAAAAACUGUCUAAAAAAUGUUUUAUUACUUCUACAUUGAAUUUUCAUGUGAAUGAAAUGGCAGGAUAAGAAGAAUACUUCUUCUCUUAUGUCUGAACUGAGAGUCAUAAACUAAAAUCAAGAGGAAAUAGCCUGGCUUACCAAACAGACCUGAAACAUGAGAAAUUGGGCUGCCCACCUUUUUGUUUACAACAUCUUUUGAGCCCUUUCAAAGAUCUUACUUCUCAGUUAUUUUUUUUUCUAUUUUUUUACCUUUUGUUUGAAGCUAAGCUAUCCUGCAGAAAUACAGGAGUGGUAUCAAUUGUCAUAUUUAAUUUUCAGGCUAGAAAGCAGUUUUAGUAGUGUAAGAUAGAGGGUGUUAAGCCUCUAUUAAAACAGGAAAACAGCUGGACUGGCUCUUUCUGAAGGAUUCAAAAUGUGCUUGUUUGCUCUAACUGAACUUCCUAAGAUUCUGUAACAUUUUAUUAUGUGAAAUUCUUGUUUUGUUUUUGGAAAUGGUGAAAUACUAAGAAGACCAUGUCAUUGUUAUUGCCAGAUAUUAACUCUACAUACAUUAUAGUAUCAUGUUUGUUACGUCAUUAACCCUGAGGCAUAAAGUAAGUAUUUAAGUGUAAAGUGAGAGCUCAUUACCUUAGCAUACUCACUGCCAACAGCUACCUUUGCUUUUCUCAAAGGUAUUAAAAUCUACUUAGCACCUAUCAUGUGUCGCAUUGAUAAAAAUUGUCUAAUUCGAAGUGUAUGGCUUAGUUUUGUGCUAAGCUAAGCUAAUUAUCUUCUUAAUAGAGCUACAGACUCACAGUACAAAUAUAAGAUUGGUAUUAAUCUUCCAGAGAUUUACUUUUUAAACCCCCCUCAUUUAAAACCCUCCACUUGAAAUCCAAUAAAUAAAAUAUCUUAUGUUGUCAUUUUAGACCUGGACUCGUUGGGACAGUUUUAGAUGAGAUGUCAGGCCUCUCCCUGGUCUCUCUGCCAAGUCCCGAAGCCAUGCUGGAUCAAACCCAAGCUAGACUGACCCAGCGCAUCCUGGACAAGCUGGGUGAUGGUUUAGAUGUGGGGGUGUCAGGUCCCGUGGUCUACAGCCAGCGGCGAGGUGAAAUCAAAGCUUUUUGGAGCCUCUCCAAACAUGACAAGAACAGACAGAUCCAAGAGAUAUCUAAACUGUAUCCUGAACCACUGUUUCAGUUCAGGGACUUUUUGCAAGGUGGGUGCAAGGGAAUAUCACAGGGCUUUUUUUUUUCCACCAGUACCUCUGCAAACAUCAGCUGUUGGCAUGUUGUAAUGAUUGUUUGUCCUUUCCCUUUAGGAGUAUCAGACUUCAUUAAUAACAUAAGUAGUGACUCUCCUCCCUGCUCCCUCUUCUUCUGCCUCGGGGAAAAGUGGCCUGACCCUGAAAACAGGCCUUGGGAGAAGAAACUCAUCACAGUGGAGGUGAGAAGACCUUUAAAAUAUUUAAAAGUGGUGCACUGCAAGGUAACUUUAAGCAGUAUUUUGCUUUGGCCCAGGUUUAUUUUUUUUGCUGCACCCACCUUCAUCAAAUGUCAUGACUGCUCAAACCCUAGAAACUGCCUACUCAAGAGAGCAGUACACAGCAAAAUCCAUUUGAAGAGGCAAUUUUUUGUUCUCAGAAUUGAUUAAUUUCACUGACAGAGAAGGAACACUGGCAGUGACAGCUGAUCCCUGCUGUGUUAAAGGCUCUGCAAACAGGGUUGCUGCCGCGGUAUAAAAGCUUGCACAGAAAGUUGCACUGACUAGUCUGACAUGUCUGAUGUCUUGCAGCUCAAACGGUCUUUGUUAUCAUGCUUUUGUCAUUGCAUCUCACUUCUUUAAUAUUUCAUCUUAGGUUUUCCUGACCUCAAUGGAGUUACUGAAGAAUAUGGCGGUAGAAGGUGGCGCUUCAUCCCUGCGGUCUGUAGAUCUGCAGAUGUCAUUGGAAGAGAUGAUGGAACUGUACUGACUGAUGCGCUGUGCUAUUCCCGAAGAAGUUGUUGUUUACCAUUCCCAGUCUUCAAACUGCACCUGUGAGAUCAGCCGAUCAGGAUGCUUUGAAUAUCUCAUGUUAGGUUUUCUGGGUUAAACUAUCUAACACGUUUAAAAUGAAACUUGUGGGAUGUUUUAACACGAUAAUGGGCUUUUAAACGUAUUUAAGUUGUCAUUUUGACAAAAAAUGGGACCAAUCAGGGUGAUGUAACAUACAAUUUAUGACAUAAGUGACUUAAUUGGUGCUAACACACUCUGCUUCCUUCUGCUGUAAAGACAAGCAGUGAAAUAAAAGACCUAUCACUCACUUACUCCGAGAUGACAACAGUGUGUUUAUUCCAAAAUGAGAGCACUGUGAUUGUUUACAUAUAGAGAUUUACCUUGAAACUGCAGACAGAUGCUAUUCAGAGGUUGUCUGUCGUCUUGGCAAUCAUUCUCUUUGAUUGUUCUCAACAGUAAACGUGCAGGGAAAUAAAGGUGGGAGUAAUUUAUUGAAGUGUCUCCUUGUGUUUACAUCUAUUGUCAGUUCAGUUCUUAGUUUCAAGAAAGACAAACCCGAAACUAAACUAAAACAGGGUGUCUACAGCAAGAUCAGAUCUUAAAAAUGUUUAUUGGAAGUUAUUCUAGGUGAUAGUUCAGAAUAGAUAAACCAAAUCUAACAAGACGUAAAGACACAAACAAGAAAGAACAUCAGGAGUUCAAGACAUGACUAAAAUAAUCUCUUUCAAUGCCAUUAAAUUUACUUUCAUCUCUAUCUAGUGGGGCCUUUAUGCUGCAGUUCUAGUCCAAAUUUAAAAAAUGAUAAAAAGUGGAGCUUUCAUUACACCUUAUGUUGAUUUAACUUUGGGACUUUACACUCUUAGCUUGGUUUUCACGUCUUCAGACAUGAUACAACAAAUAUUUAUGAGCUGUCAAAUUUUCCACAUUGGACACUGAAUAUUAAAUAUAUAUUCGUAUACAUAUGUAUUAGUAUAAAUAAAGUUAUUCUAAUUCUU